AUGCUUCAGAUACGGCUUAGCAAGGUUCCAUCCUCAGAAUUUGGUGGAGGGGCAAAGCCAUUGACAGUGGACAGUGUGACAGUUGCAUGUCCUGAACACCUUGUCCUUGCUGAUCUUCCUGUAGCCAAGAGCGUUGGUUCUGCAACUGCUGCUUCCCUUGUCAAGACUGUAGGUCGCAGGUCCCGUCGCCAACUUGGUGAGCGAGUUCAUUUUUGUGUCCGAUGUGAUUUUCCCAUCGCCAUAUAUGGACGUCUGAGCCCUUGUGAGCAUGCAUUCUGUCUGGAUUGUGCCAGGAGUGAUUCCAUCUGCUAUCUGUAA